UAGCAGGGAUGACUAGUCCCACACACGCACACACGCAGAGCAAAUCGCUUAGCGGGGAUGACUAGUCCCACACUCCCAUACUCACAGACUGAAGUCAGAAGACAGUUAAGAAGAAGUUGUUGGAACUAGUGAUAGAGUUUUCACGUAGAAAACGCAGGAUUUGAACGACGAAGAAAGAGAAUCGCAGAUUUUGGGGACGGAACUUGCGGGCUUCAAUUCGCCCAACUCAACCACCAUUUCUACGUGUGGUGACUAUCACGGUGACCACCAGAUUCUCUGCUUGUCACCGCAAACUCCACCCGGCCAAUCCGUCACCCGCACACGUGAACCACGUAUUGGCAAAGAGAGUGUGAAUUUCUGUGUUUCUUUGUGAUUUGAAGAAAAGGAAAAUAUGGCUUCCAAUGCAACACAAGCAUCAUGUUCCACACCCAUGAAGGUUACAUCCAAUGGGAUCUUCCAGGGGGAUAAUCCUCUUGAUUAUGCACUGCCACUUGCCAUCAUACAGAUUGUUUUAGUGGUCGUGCUCACUCGUAUUCUUGCUUUUCUUCUAAGGCCAUUGCGACAGCCGCGUGUCAUCGCUGAGAUUGUUGGAGGCAUUCUGCUGGGACCAUCAGCUCUGGGUCGGAACAAGAACUAUGUCAAUAGCAUUUUCCCAUCCAGAAGCCUCGUAGUGUUAGACACUUUAGCCAAUCUUGGUCUCCUUUUCUUUCUGUUCCUUGUUGGCCUUGAGCUAGACCUGAAGUCCCUUCAACGGACAGGAAAAAAAGCUUUAGCCAUUGCUGUUGCAGGAAUUAGCUUACCCUUUGUAUUAGGAGCUGGAGUAUCAUUUUUUCUCCAUAAAACUAUCUCUGAAGGUGUUAAAGCAGCUCCAUUCCUUGUAUUCAUGGGGGUGGCCCUUUCAAUCACUGCUUUCCCUGUCUUGGCUCGUAUUUUGGCAGAACUCAAGCUUUUAACUACUGAUGUUGGUCAAAUUGCAAUGUCAGCAGCAGCAGUAAAUGAUGUUGCAGCAUGGAUUUUGCUUGCUCUUGCCAUUGUCCUCUCUGGAUCUGAACAUUCACCCCUCACAUCUUUAUGGGUGCUUUUGUCUGGGGCUGGAUUUAUCAUCUUUAGCAUAGCCAUUAUCCCACCUGUCUUCAAAUGGAUAGCACAUCGUUGUCCUCAGGGUGAGCCAGUAAAUGAAAUGUAUGUCUGUGCUACAUUAGCUGUUGUUUUGGCAGCCGGGUUUUGCACUGAUUCUAUUGGAAUUCAUGCACUUUUUGGUGCAUUUGUGAUUGGAAUUCUUAUCCCAAAAGAGGGACCAUUUUCUGGCGCUCUUGUUGAAAAAGUUGAAGAUCUUGUAUCUGGUCUCUUCCUUCCAUUGUACUUUGUCUCUAGUGGAUUGAAGACCAAUGUAGCCACCAUUCGAGGGACUCAAUCAUGGGGUUUACUGGUUUUAGUCAUAUUUACAGCCUGUUUUGGGAAGAUAGUUGGGACUCUAGUUGUCUCUCUCUUGUUGCGAAUCCCUGUUCAGGAAGCUAUAACUCUGGGGUUCUUGAUGAAUACUAAAGGCUUGGUGGAGCUUGUUGUCCUCAACAUAGGUAAAGAUCGAAAGAUCCUGAAUGAUCAAACAUUUGCUAUCUGUGUUCUGAUGGCUAUCUUCACAACCUUUAUCACAACACCUAUAGUUAUAGCGGUAUAUAAGCCGGCCAAACAAGCGAUUAGUGCUGAUUAUAAGCACAGAACAAUUGAAAGAGAAGACCCAGAUACUCAGCUUCGAAUUUUGGUAUGUUUCCAUAGUACAUUGAACAUUCCUACAAUUAUCAAUCUCAUUGAGGCUUCACGUGGAACUGAGAAGAGGCAAGGACUCUGUGUCUAUGCACUGCACCUUAUGGAGCUCUCCGAGAGGACAUCUGCAAUCCUUAUGGUCCAUAAGGCAAGAAAGAAUGGACUACCCUUUUGGAAUAAGUUGCAGCAGUCUGAUGACAACCAAGUAGUUGUUGCUUUUGAGGCUUUUAGGCAGCUGAACCGCGUGUUUAUUCGACCAAUGACAGCAAUCUCAGCAAUGCAUGACAUGUACGAGGAUAUCUGCACAAGUGCUGAAAGGAAAAGGGCUGCAAUUAUAAUCCUCCCAUUCCACAAGCAUCAGAGGUUGGAUGGGACAUUGGAGACAACUAGAAAUGAAUUUCGUUGGGUCAAUAUGAGGGUUCUUGAGCACGCUCCAUGCUCAGUUGGGAUUUUGGUGGAUCGGGGGCUGGGUGGAAGCUCACAUGUAUCUGCAAUUAAUGUUUCCUCCACUGUAACAGUGUUAUUUUUUGGGGGACAUGAUGAUCGUGAAGCCCUUUCUUAUGGAGCAAGAAUGGCUGAGCACCCUGGAAUCAGUUUAAUUAUCAUUCACUUCGUAGCAAGCAAUGAUAUUAUGCGGCGGAUGGUCAAAAUUGAUAUAACUGCAGAAUCCAGUAAUUCAUUAAAUUCAACUGAUACAACAUUUCUAGCUAGCUUCAAGAAGAAUCCAGAUGACUCCUCUGUCAAAUUUGAAGAGAGAGAAGUGAAUAGUGCUAAAGAAAUUGUUGAAGUAGUUAGGGAGUUCAGCUGGUGCAAUCUGUUCGUUGUAGGUCGAAUGCCUGAGGGUCCUGUAGCUGCAGCUUUGACUGAAAAGGCUGAAUGCCCUGAACUGGGUCCUGUGGGCAGCCUCCUGACUUCUCAUGAUUUUUCGACUUCAGCAUCUGUCCUGGUGGUGCAGCAAUAUAAUAGUUCAACAUCUCAACUCACUUCUAGCAGCACCACGAAGAUUCCACGUACUUGGUGUCUUACGUGAACACUUUAUUAACUUGUCGCACUUGAUGUUUAUUCGAACCCUUUCUUCAUAGGCGAUCUUAUCUUUUCCGGACUUAGUAAUCCGAACCCUUUUUUCAGAAA